AUGGAAUAUUGUCAGAAGGGACCACUCAAAGGAGUGAUUCACGAUCCAACAAUGACAUAUUCAAUGAAGUCUGUUCUCACCUGGGGAAUCCAAUUAUUUGAUGCCAUUGAUCACAUUUAUCAAAAACACAAUAUGGUACACCGAGAUAUCAAACCAGACAACAUUUUUGUGACCAAUGAAUACCAGCUGAAGAUUGGUGACUUCGGAUUGGUAAAAGUAGUGGGGGAUGGAACUGUUUCGGGGACGUUUGGAAUUGGAACACCACGAUAUAUGAGUCCACCUCAAAUGAAAGAGGAUGGGGUACAACAGGAUGUUGUAUCGAAUUCCCAUCGAAAUGAUGUCUACAGUCUGGGGCUUGUUAUGUGGGAAAUCAUCGAAAGGAGGAUCCAUCUAUCAGAUGUACUAAUUUUCAACGUAUUCGUCGUCCAACAGCUUGUGAAGUUUUGGAUUUCCUCCAACAAACACAGAAAGCAAAUGAAUUCAUCUCUUCGCUCCCUUUUAUGCCCAGAGAAGAUAAAAACCAAAAAGAAC